AUGAGACUCUUCCCUACUAUCCUAGGUCUGCUGGCCGCCUUCCAAACCUGCGUGGCCGAGAUCUCGGCCUUGGAAGCAGCCCGGGUUCUUCACUACUACGUCACCUACGAUCUCGACGUCGAGGUCAACGGCCAGGGCAAGAACACCAUCGCUCAGCGGUGUAAGGGCACCGGCAAAGACGGCCGCUGCAACUUCAACGAGUUUGUCAACUACUACGAGACGGGCAAGCCGACGAGCGAGCCCAGGUACUACGAGAUCUCGUCCGGCUUCGCCUUCUUCCCAGGCGACAUCGCCGCUAUUGUCGACGCCCUCAGGCGCAUGGGCAAGGUGAGCGAGCCCGACCAGAUCGAGCGCCUCGUCAAGGGCCGCAAGACGGCCGUCGGCCUCUUCAACGACCUCGCCAAGAUCUCCAACAAGAACUACGAGAAAGCGGCGUCGAACAACUUCUCGAUCGGGCGCAAGCGGGCCAACGUCAUGGAGACGCUCGGCAGCAUCAAGCACUACUCGCUGGCCCGGGGCGAGGGCAACAUGCUCGACCGCCUCAGGAAGAUCAGGGAGGUGCAGUGGAAGAUCAUCCAGCGCAACAGCGCGUAUGCAAAGGCCAGCAGCGAGCGCAUCGACUGGCGCCAGACCGUCGCCGCCAACCCUGACCUCGCCAACAAGGACAGCGACCUCUUCAAGACCGUCGCCGCGGCCGUCAAGGGCGAGAGGAAUGUCAAGGGGAGCCUGGCCGACCAGACCAUCGCGCAGAGGGCCCUCGACCACUUUACUGCGUGCAACAGUUGA